AUGAGUCCAAUUAAUAGUCUCUGGUUUAAGUGGAAAGGCCUCCGAUUGCCGUGGCGAAGGUCCUUUCUGGCCGGCUCCGACCUGUCCGGAAACACUUACUGGGAAUUCAAGGAAUCACUCAGUGCUUCGCGAUUACGGCGCAUCGUCAAAUAUAACCCGAAAACCCACUAUGCGGAUAUCAAAGUCUCCCCACAAUGGCAUCAAUGGCUCCGAUACGUCCGCGCGGACCCCCCAUCCAUCCAAGAGCAACAACAGGAUGUCGUGCGCCAAAUUCAAAUCAAGCACCUGGCUCGCUUGGCCGAUGAGCGCUGGGCCAGUAAACCAUCCUAUCUCGAUAAACCCCAGACCCAACAACCGAAGCCUGCACUACGCACCAGCGAUCCCACGCUACGGGGACCCGAGGAGAACGCGCCGUCUUCACAAUCGGAGGGGACAGAAUCAACGACAGAGCAAGUGCGGAGAUACGCAGAAGAGAACGAUCCCUGGGCUAAGGCUAAGGCUGGGAAUCCGGGUGAUUCCUGGCAACCGGAACCGUGGACGCCAACUGCUGCUCGGAAGUGA